AGCAAAGUGUUUCAUUCUGUCUGAGUCCAUUACGUCUGUGGUUUAUGAUCCUUGCUGCUUUCUCUGCUGACUGUGUUGCACAGAGGUGUGUGGACAGGGUCUAAGAAGCUUCAGCCUGUGAAGAAGACUUCUUGUAGUUUUCAUCUGAAUAUCUACCAUCAAGCUGCAAAGAUGGAGCGGAUGCAUGACGAGAAGCCGAAGAAGAAGGUGACCUUUUACCUUCUCUACAGUGUUUUCACAGCAGCCAUCGGCUCGCUACAGUUUGGCUACAACACCGGGGUCAUCAAUGCACCAGAGCAGAAACUGCGUAGGUUUUUCCAGAAUGUGUCGAUGGAGCGGUACGGGGAGCCUUUCAGCCCAGGAACCAACACCAUACUGUGGAGCUUUGCUGUGGCCAUCUUUAGCGUGGGAGGCAUGAUCGGGUCUUUCUCUGUCGGAGCUGUCGUCACCAAAUUUGGCAGGCGUAAGUCCAUGCUGUUAUCUAAUAUCCUGGCUCUAAUCGGCGGGGGUCUCAUGGGACUGUCGUCUGUGAGUCGAUCUUUUGAGAUGGUCAUUAUCGGCCGGUUGAUCAUUGGCAUAUUCUGCGGUCUGUGCACGGGAUUGACACCCAUGUACUUGGGCGAGAUCGCUCCCACUGCUGUCCGAGGAGCCUUCGGCACGCUGCACCAGCUGGCUUUGGUUAUUGGCAUCCUGGUGGCACAGAUCUUCGGUCUGGAGUUUCUGCUCGGCUCAGACACUCUGUGGCCUCUGCUGCUGGCUCUCACCAUCCUGCCGGCCAUCCUGCAGAGCAUCCUGCUGCCCUUCUGCCCUGAAAGCCCCCGCUACUUGCUGAUUGUCCUCAACCAGGAGGAGGAGGCAAGAAAAGUGCUGGUGAGUCUGCGCGGCUGUGAGGAUGUGAGCGAUGAUAUUCAGGAGAUGAAGGAAGAAGGGAUGAAGAUGGCCAUGGAAAAGAAAGUGACUAUCCCCGAACUCUUCCGCUCCCGAAACUACCGUCAACCAAUCAUCAUCGCUAUAAUUCUCCAGCUCUCUCAGCAGCUGUCUGGCAUCAACGCUGUGUUUUAUUAUUCUACAGGUAUAUUUGAUACAGCUGGUGUUACUGAACCCAUCUACGCCACGAUAGGAGCUGGAGUUGUCAACACUAUUUUUACUGUUGUCUCUCUCUUCCUGGUUGAACGGGCGGGGCGAAGGACUUUGCAUCUGAUUGGUCUGGGUGGAAUGGCUAUCUUUGCCCUCAUUAUGACGAUCUCACUUUCUUUGGUGGUGAGUGAUGUUCGCAUGAUUACGCUUGUCCUGUACGCUUACAAACAUACAAAUCUUGUACUCAUUCUCUUUGUUUCUCACUCUGAGCAGAAGGACAACCCGUCCCUGAGCUACCUGGCCAUCGUGGCUGUGUUUGGCUUUGUUGCCAGUUUUGAGAUGGGUCCAGGUCCCAUCCCCUGGUUCAUCGUGGCUGAGCUCUUCUCCCAGGGGCCCCGACCUGCUGCCAUGGCCGUCUCUGGUUUCUCCAACUGGACCGCCAACUUCCUGGUGGGGCUGGGUUUCCCUAAACUGGAGGAACUUUGUGGCCCUUACGUCUUUAUCAUCUUCGCGGUCUUCCUCGUCCUGUUCUUCAUCUUCACCUACCUGCGAGUCCCUGAGACCAGAGGACGGACCUUUGAUGAAAUUGCUCAGGGAUUCGCUUCCAGUGCAGGGAAACCCUCCCCGGUGCCUGAGCCGAUGUCCGUCGGCCUGACGGAGGGCAAAGAAGCUCCUCCCAUGUCCCCCACAGACAAGGUUCCCAUGGUGAAUCUUCCUUAGAGAGAAGAAUAAAUUGGGGGGGGGGGGGAAGUUAUAAUUUUUAACACAUAAAUGGUGAAAGAGCAGCAGGGUGUGUUUAGAAAUCAACUAAAUGCAGCAUUAAAGAUUCCCCAGGCACACACAUACUAACAUAAUUGAUAGAAUUCCCUGUAAUCCUGCUUUAAACAUGGGCCAAAUUUAACUGAAUGACCAGUACUUAAUAAUUGUUGACAUUCCUACUGCCAGCUCCACGCAUACUGCCAUAUAAGAGGAUCAACAUAUGUUCAGUGUUAAGUCCCAGGUCUUCAACUACCCUCAGUGUUAAAAGGUUGUGGGAUUUGGGGGGUGGUGGUGGGGGUUUAAGUAUUGAGGUCAAGCUUGAAAAGCCAGUUUUGAAUCCUGGUAGUUUGACCCAAAAAAGAAAGACCGACUUGCUGUCCUGUCUGUCUGCCUGAUGUGCCUUGCUGCCUGGGGGAGGGAGCCAUGUUGUCUUGACGAAACAGAAUAAAUACAGAAGGUGCUUUAGCAGCCGCUCUCCCUUCAGGUUCACAAAAAAGCACGGACUAUACACUUAGAUUAAAAACAUUUAAGCAUGAAGCAGAUAAGAAAUAUCUCUUCUCAUCCUGUAGCACAACAUCCCCUGAGGGUAGAGGAUGUUUGUGUUUUUGUGUUGUAAUCAUAGAAAUAAAUAGGACAGUUCUGUAAAUGAGUACUGUCUGUAUCAAAUAUAUUGUUUUUAUGAGAAUGAGGUGUAGUCUAGCACUGCCAGGCCUUAAAAGAAAGUCUCUAAUAAGCUUUCUGCUUAUAAAAACACAUCCUAACCUCUUGUGUUCUAUGAUUUCAUUGCAGAGACAAGCCAGGAUGUUGUAGUGCAGUUGUUUACAGUAUGCAUUACAGCAGUUGGAUACAAAAACUCAGGUGGCUAAUUGUGUUGUGCUUCGCUUCUAACUGUCACAUAGAAAAUACAUUUAGCUUCACUGUUACAUCAAAUCAAAAGGGCUCGGCAGUGUUAAACAGUCCUUUAAGGUUGAUGUAUUCCAGCAUUGUACUGAAACACAUUCAAGUCUACUGAUAAUAACAACAAAUAUCUCAAAUCGAACAAGAUAUUAGCUACGUGGGAUAGUGAUGUUGAAUAAAAACACUAAAUUAAUCCUAUUUAUUUCAGUAGUUGCCUUAUCGAAUGUUUUUGUUUCCAAUUGUCUGAAAUCAUGUGUAUAUAUUGUAGAAUCUCCAGUUACUGAAUCAUGAGCAACUAUUACAGCACAGUAUACAUGCUUAUAAAUGUCGUGUCAAUGUGUGUACAGCUUCAUCUUCUUCUUGGAUGUCCGCACACUCGUAUGGAAGCACCUUUCAAUGUUUGAGCUUAGCAGCAUUUUUAUUUGCACUUUUGCAGUCGGACUACUUUCUAAUGAUUGUUUAUUAUGUGUAUAUGUGGCUCUCUGUAAAUAUACUGUAUGUGAUAGGAUGUGUAUGGUGUUUGGUCAUUUGUGCCUCAAAAUCCUGUUUUACUUAUUGUUACAUCCACUGAUUUCUCUUUGCACUGUUACUAUGGUGAAUGUCACUAUGUUGUUUAGUGGUAAACAGUGACGACGGUUGUAUGAGCGUGAGAGUCACAAAAGAGAUGACCAAUGACAGUUUUUCUAUCCUAAUGUACUGUUCUCUGUAAUAAUAUUAGUGACACUUGCUUUGAGAAACUAAAAAGGAAAUAAAGUUGUCCUUCUUUUAAGGGAAUGUCUUGGAUUGAG